CCAAACUGAUCUCUUCUCGCUCAGCUCAUAGCCCUAUAACGAGCUCAAGGGAUCCUGUUGCCCAGCCAUGACCAACAUGUUGCACAACUGGCUACACAUGUAUAGCUCAUGCGAUGCUGAAUGGGAUUUAUUAUAACCCUGCAUGUCAUCGGGUCGGAUCUCACGUAACAGUCCAGCCUUGCUGAACAGCAUUGCCGAUGACCUGAUGUCGAUUCUUCUGGCUAUACGAACGAUCGUCAACAUGUCAUCAUGCAUCAAUCAUCUCCCUGUCGAGCUCCUCACCGAUAUCUUUGCUCAUGUAUCCUCUCCAUUCGUGGAUCGCCGAAGUAAUGCAGAGAGAGAAGUGGUAUGGCCGACGCUUUUCGGACUCAAGGACGCCACCGCUUUAAUUCCCCUGAUGCAUGUAUGCCGCCACUGGCGCGCCGUCGCGUUGCAGUCAUCAUCACUAUGGACGACUCUUCAUGGCCGAAUGCAUACAUUGGAAGCCGACGAAUACCUCGCCCGCUCACAGGGCACGGCGUUACAUGUUGUCAAUUUUCCUCAUGGCCGCCUCGAUAUUGAGCACUUGUGCCAAAUGUUCGGAUCCCGCAUACGAUCACUUUUUUGCGACAGGUCAUACGAUCAUAGAUGCCUCGAACUUGGCGACACUAACAUCGACACAUUUGGACUAAGCUCAGCCUAUUCUCUUUACCCCCUUCCUUCCCCGUUGCCACUCAAGAGUACUACUAGGUUAAAGGUGCUCGUCUUGAAUCACAUCAGGUGGAUCCC